GAUUUUUUUGUAUUUGAAAUGUGCUUUACUUGCCUUGAUGUAGGCGAAGCGAUACCACGACGAAUGUUGCCGCCUCAAGAUGCCAUCUUGUUCUACACAGGAGCAGAAACCAGAGGCUACUUGGCAGAUCCAGAAAAGGUGUCGUGGGAACGACUGGUUCUGGCACAGAAGUAUGGAUAUAAACUGCCUGUAAUAGAGGAGGACCCGGACUACAAGAUGUUGUCCGAGCGCAAGGAUCCUCGUCAGAUAUUCUACGGACUGGAGCCUGGCUGGGUGAUCUCACUCAAGGACAGGGCCAUACUGAGGCCCAAGGAUGAGGAGCUCAAACAGUUCUACAGGAGUUAGACAGCUUUGUGCUGACAGUGGUGUAUAUACAUGUGUAGUUAGCAAUAAUAAAGUUAUUUAAACUUGA